AUGCUUGGGGCUGCUAUCUUGAUUUCCAGUCUAUUGCUAGUCAGCUCACAAAAAUUCAACAAUACUUCUCUUGCAACCAUUUCUGACACUCUGAUCGCAAGUGGAAAUCACUCAAUUCUUGUCAGUUUGUUGAAUGCAACUGGUGUACUUGAAACUCUCAAUACGACUGGAGUCAAUGGAACUGGAUACGAAGUAUAUGCUCCAAUUGAUUCUGCAUUCCUCUCUUUGCCAUCUUGGAUUCGAAAGCGAGCUCAACAUGUUGGAAGGAAUGAAAGUAUCAACUUGCUGCGAGCUGCUCUGAUCUAUCAUGCAUCUUUGCCAGCCAAUGUCGACUUGACAAACUUUACCACAAACGCAACCAUGGUUCCAACAUUGGCGUCUGGUAUUCCCAUGCAGCUUGAAUCUAAUUCAACUAGUGGUAACAGCUAUGUAAAUGAUGCCAAAGUCUUGAAUGCUACAAACACCACAAAUGGAGGACUACUUGCCAUUGACCGUGUCUUGUCACCAUUAUACUUCUUCAACACAUCUCUAUACGACAUUCCAAACCCACCACCAAAUACUCUUCCAUAUGGAGUACCAACUCCCAAUCUGAUGCUAAAGAGUGAUUACUCUGAUAACAUGGAUGUCACUUCAUGGUAUUACACAAACGUACUUGGUACCUUCAAAGUACACUCACCAGAAGCAGUCUUCCAACAAGAGCAAUCUUCUGAUGGGUACUUGAACGACCUCGUGAAGAGUUUGGGCUUGUAA